UGCCCCUCAUGCCCCCAUGCAAUACGCUGGCAGGGGUCCUAGGCGCCUGAUCGUUCUUGGAAUUUCCGCUUGCUGACGCAGCGGGGACCUAAACGUUUCAAGAGCGAGAAAAAAAAAAGACUACAUAUAUAUACAUAAUAUAACUAUUCGCCUUCUCUCUCGACAUCCGAAGUUAUACGAAAUGAUCCGAAGUGUCGAGCUCGCGUACAUGCGCAGAUCGUGAGGUUGAGUGUAUGCGUAGCGGCGGCAAUUCUUGACGCUCCCGUCUUCGAUUUAGCAUUGCUGAGAUAACUUCAUAGCUGAACCGACGCCGAGUUAUCAAAUGUUCAUCGCUACACCAGAGGUGGCGCUGAGAUAGGAAAUCCUCAACACAUACAUCACAGACGAGGAGAAAGUACGUGUAAAUUGUAGUUAAAUGAAAUUGAAAAUGAAGAAUGGAAUGAUCCGCAUUCACGUUUCAUCAAUGAGUAUUCCCAUUUAUGUAUCAUUGUCACGUCCGUGACUCGGAUUAGUAGCCAGUCUAGUGAAGAUGGCCGAAAACAAUGGCACUGGUUAUUGAGCUAACUUUGUGUUCUGUUAAUACUUGUCAACAAAGAAGUUAUCAUUAAUUAAAACAUAACCGAAGCACACAUCAUAGUCACACGUAUAUAUUAUGGCAACUGCUAUUCAAAAGAAUGGCAUGAAACCUUUAACAAACACAAUAAAUCAUGUAGAAGGUGUAAAUAAUUUAGAUAAUACAGGCAUAUGUAAAGAAGAGAAAGAUGAAAGACUGUUUGAUGGGCAAAUCCAACCUUACAUGGAUCCUCCUGAACAAGAACCUCGCGAACUGGAUAUUGUUAUUAAUAACGUAGUUUGCAGCUUCAGUGUUAGGUGUCAUUUAAAUUUACGAGAAAUUGCGCUUAAUGGAUCUAAUGUGGAGUAUAGAAGGGAAAAUGGGAUGAUAACAAUGAAAUUAAGGAGACCUUAUACUACUGCUUCUAUAUGGUCUUCUGGUAAAGUAACGUGCACUGGUGCAACCAGUGAAGUUCAAGCGAAGAUAGCAGCAAGAAGAUUUGCUCGUUCGCUGCAGAAACUUGGAUUCAAAGUGCGAUUUAACAAUUACAGGGUGGUUAAUGUGUUAGGUACAUGUUGUAUGCCAUUUGCAAUCAAGAUAACAUCAUUUUCAUUAUAUCACAAGGAAAAUGCAGACUAUGAACCAGAAUUGCAUCCUGGUGUCACAUACAAGUUAAAAGAACCAAAAGCUACCCUAAAAAUAUUUUCUACAGGCAGUGUUACUGUAACUGCUCCUAAUGUUGCCGCUGUUCAGGCAGCGAUCGAAUACAUCUAUCCACUAGUCUACGAGUUUCGUAAAGAAAGAACAGCAGAAGAUGAACUUGCAGUGGCAACAAAGAAGCGUAGAAUGGGUCUAAACAAAAGAAAUCAUGAUGAGUUCCUACACGAUCCAGAUUAUGUAUAUGACACCAUAUUUUCGGAAGAAGAAGAUGAAGGCGAAGAGGCUGAGAGCGAUGCCAGUUGGGACUGAUCUGUUUCUUUUGCCACUCUUUUGUUAAUUGUGGAACUGUUAUAUCUUGUUCAUUGAAAAAUAGAUACGCACUUCUCUGUGUACAAAAGUGUUAUCAUAAAGUGUGAAGUGAAGCAUUCGUUUUCUCUUAGUGAAAAGACAAUGUGUGAGUGCCAGAACAAAUGUCCUCGCAUGCGUGAUUUAAUUAUGGUUAAAUUAAUAUUGAAUCGAACUGGAUACCAUUGUCGAAACAAUAUUGUCGUAAUAUACUUUCAUUAACAGUAUGUAUAUGUACAUAGAUACAUUUAUCUAUGCAUAUAUGCAUCUAUGUACAUAUAAAUAUUAAAUAUGUUACAUAUGAUGUUAUACAUAUAAUCGUUUUGUUUAGCGAACAAUUUCCGAAUAUUUGUUUCAAAUGUUUUCUCUUUUCUCAUUUCUUUUCUUCUGUGACAAAACUUAGUACAUUUAAGCGAUUAAAAACAGUUCUACAACGGACUUGUUUGUAAGUAUACUCCUUUAUAAUUUAGGUGACAAAAAAGAAUACAUGCUUCUAAAGUUUCUGAUUAUAUGUAAUCAAUACGAUUAUGUACUGAAGUAUUGUGGCGGCAAUCAAAAGUGUGUACAUUCUUUCUGUCUUUUGUGCUACUUCUUUCUACUCAUAGAUAUAAUCUAUUUUUGCUUAAUUAACAUACUGUGCCAAAGAUAGAUGUUCAAAAUUUGAGGCAAAGUGAUCAAAGUGGCAUCUAAGAAGCUGAAAAUUUUGUUCAUUAUAAUUAUUAGCUUUUGUACUACAAUAACACGUUUCGGUGGAUAUGUAA